UUCCUGUGAGACUUUUGUGCACAUUUUCUCAAGUAUCUUCCUCAUUCCUAAUGUGUAAUACCUCAACGUGGACCUGCUACUUUAGAUAAGAAAUGACCAGCAAUGAAUAGUAGUAAGAUAUGUGCUGAUUAGAGAGAAGUCUCCCUUGUGCAGUCUGGAGGUUAAGCAGUGCCUUACAAAAAUGGGGUUUGGGAGUGAGCUGAAGAAUUCACAUGAAGCUGUGUUAAAAUUGCAAGACUGGGAAUUACGGUUACUGGAAACAGUGAAGAAAUUUAUGUCUUUGAGAAUAAAAAGUGAUAAAGAAUAUGCAUCUACUCUACAGAACCUCUGUAAUCAAGUUGAUAAGGAAAGUACUGUCCAAAUGAAUUAUGUCAGCAAUGUAUCCAAGGUUACAAAGACAGAAUUGGAGAAAUUAAAAUCUAGCUAUAGACAACUAAUAAAAGAAAUGAAUUCUGCUAAAGAGAAAUAUAAAGAAGCUUUAGCUAAAGGGAAAGAAACAGAAAAGGCCAAGGAACGUUAUGACAAGGCCACAAUGAAACUUCAUAUGUUGCAUAAUCAGUAUGUGUUGGCGUUGAAAGGGGCACAGCUUCAUCAGAACCAGUAUUAUGAUACCACACUUCCACUGCUUCUGGACUCCUUGCAAAAGAUGCAAGAAGAAAUGAUAAAAGCACUAAAAGGUAUAUUGGAUGAAUACAGCCAGAUAACCAGUCUUGUUACAGAGGAAAUAGUGAAUGUCCAUAAGGAGAUUCAAAUGUCAGUUGAACAGAUAGAUCCUGAAACAGAAUAUAAUAAUUUCAUAGAGGUUCAUAGAACAACAGCUGCUAAAGAACAAGAAAUAGAGUUUGACACUUCCUUAUUAGAAGAAAAUGAAAACCUUCAGGCGAAUGAAAUCAUGUGGAAUAAUUUAACAGCAGAAAGUUUGCAAGUAAUGGUGAAAACAUUAGAAGAAGAACUUAUGCAGACCCAACAACUGCUUUUAAACAAGGAAGAGACUGUCCUGGAGCUAGAGAAAAGAAUUGAAGAGUCUUCUAAGACCUGUGAAAAAAAGUCUGACAUUGUCCUUCUGCUGAGCCAAAAACAGACACUUGAAGAACUGAAACAAUCAGUCCAGCAGCUAAAAUGCACUGAAGCAAAGUUUACAGCACAGAAAGAACUACUUGAACAAAAAGUACAAGAAAAUGAUGGAAAAGAGCCACCUCCUGUAAUAAAUUAUGAAGAAGAUGCACGAUCCGUUACAUCUAUGGAAAGAAAGGAGCGGUUAUCCAGAUUUGAGUCUAUUCGCCAUUCAAUUGCUGGAAUAAUUAGGUCUCCAAAAUCUGCACUCGGCUCUUCAGCACUUUCUGAUGUGAUCGCUGCAAGUGAGAAGCCCCUGGCGGAUCAAGACUGGUACCAUGGUGCGAUUCCUAGAAUAGAGGCACAAGAGCUGUUAAAACAACAAGGAGACUUCUUGGUGCGAGAGAGUCAUGGGAAACCCGGUGAAUAUGUCCUUUCUGUAUAUUCUGAUGGACAAAGGAGACACUUUAUCAUACAAUAUGUUGAUAAUCUGUACCGAUUUGAGGGCACUGGGUUUUCAAACAUCCCUCAACUUAUCGAUUAUCACUACACAACAAAACAAGUUAUCACUAAGAAAUCAGGUGUUGUUCUCCUGAAUCCUAUUCCUAAGGAUAAGAAAUGGAUUCUCAAUCAUGAAGAUGUCACCUUGGGAGAACUACUAGGCAAGGGAAAUUUUGGUGAAGUGUAUAGGGGUACGUUAAAGGAUAAAACUUCUGUUGCUGUUAAAACAUGUAAAGAAGAUCUUCCUCAGGAACUGAAAAUAAAAUUUUUACAAGAAGCCAAAAUUCUCAAGCAAUAUGAUCAUCCCAAUAUUGUGAAACUUAUAGGAGUUUGCACACAAAGACAGCCUGUCUACAUCAUCAUGGAACUUGUCCCAGGAGGUGAUUUUCUCUCCUUUCUGAGAAAGAAGAAGGAGGAAAUAAAAGUCAAACAGUUAGUGAAGUUUUCCUUAGAUGCUGCUGCUGGAAUGUUGUAUCUCGAGAGUAAAAACUGUAUACACAGGGACCUUGCUGCAAGAAACUGCCUGGUAGGUGAAAAUAAUGUUCUGAAAAUCAGUGACUUUGGAAUGUCUCGUCAAGAGGAUGGUGGAGUGUAUUCAUCCUCUGGCUUAAAGCAGAUUCCCAUUAAGUGGACGGCACCAGAAGCUCUUAAUUAUGGGAGAUACAGUUUUGAGAGUGACGUGUGGAGCUUUGGCAUCCUCCUCUGGGAGACCUUCAGCUUAGGUGUCUGUCCGUAUCCUGGAAUGACAAAUCAACAAGCACGAGAACAAGUGGAAAGAGGAUACCGGAUGUCAGCCCCUCAACACUGUCCAGAAGAUAUUUCUAAAAUUAUGAUGAGGUGUUGGGAUUAUAAGCCCGAAAACCGCCCUAAAUUCAGUGACCUUCUGAAAGAGCUCACUGCCAUUAAGAAGAAAAUGACAUAGCCACUGAACAGUGCCACCCUUGGCCUCGGGACUUGUCCUCCUGCAGAAUACUAUUAUUUGUAUUAUUCUGCUUAUAAUCCUAAACAGCGAGUUUAGACUGCAUUACCAGCAGCCAUCUUCUAAGGUUAUUUUUUUUAAUUAACUAGGUUUUGUAAAAAAAAAAAAAAGUUCCACUUUUAAAGUAUGUCAAAGGCAAAUUUAUUAUAGAACUAGUCCUACCAAGCAAGGGCUUUAAAUGUGUUAACCACAGCCAUCCUACCAUUUCAGGCCACUGUAAAUAGAAAAGCACAGCCUCUAAAUGUGAAGGACAAAGAUCUAUUUUCACACCUAGGACCAUUGAUGUUUCUCAGACUUUCUACUUCCUGCAGUCUGUAGGCUGCUGUGGUAUGCCACAGACACUCCUCAGUUGGUGCUAUGAACUGCAUUGGUAAUGCAUGUUAGCAGGACAUGUUCCAACAACAGUUAGCUUUCUGCUUUGCCAAGGUGAGAUUAUAUCAGUAAAUAUAAUCUUCUUUGGGGAAUUACUUGGACCUCCCAAGGUCUUUCAUUUUUCUGGCCAGAAAUAAGCAUCAUCAUGCUUCUGCAAUAUUAUGGUUAAAGUUGUUUUUCCCUCUUUAGAUCAGGAAAUGCCCUCAGAGAACAUGCUGUGAAAGUUGAGGAAAAUGCUUCUUAAGAAUGUGAUGAAGAGCUAGAGCAGUAGGAAGCAAGCAUGACCAGGGUGGCAGUCUGUGCAAAAGAGCAGCUAGCACAGUGAUCAAAGACAGAACAGAAAACGAUGCAAACCACACUUCUCACCCAAGUCAGGCCCUUACGAGCACAUGCACACAUCCGUGCCCCUUUUGUGGUGGUGGUCUGAAUUCCCCAAGAAAUGUUUUAGGACUUCACAUAUCUUAUCUUCAUUUAAAGAGGGAAGCCCAGAAUUUAAUUCUCUUCCUUUGUAACAGUUUACAAAGUUGUCAGAAAUCAUGAUUUAGUUCACCAAGAUCUUUGUGUGCACACAUAGGUAUCAGUGAGGAAAAAGACCUAGGCCAGAUAUUUCUUUCUACUUUCCCCCCUUCAUUUACCCUCUGCUGCUACCUGGAAGUCUUUUUCCGUAACUGACAGGUAAGCAGGCAGUGCUGAGGAUGUUUCAUGUGGAUAAAUGUAGCAGUUAAAAAUAGGAUUCUAUUGAGCUGAAUUUUGCCUGUAUCCAGGGAACUCGCCCUGUAAUGUGUAUAUAGUUGCCUCUCAGGAUAAAUAAGAAGUGUGUAGGACAUGGUCUCCCUCAGGGGCAAAUGUGACCUCCAAGUCUUUUUAUGAGUUCUCAGGCUUUUGUCUAGGUAAACAUACCCUUAGUAAUUUUUUCUGUGUUUUUUGGAAGAGCUUAAGGAAUGGAAAAUCUUCCUCCUGCCUCUCCAACUCUUCAUUGGCUGUGAAUGUCAUGGUAUAAAACUCAGACCAGUACUUUAACGAGUGUAUGGGGAGCUAUGUGAUAGCAAUCCUCUUGCAAAUUUUGUACAUUUUAAAUUAUAAUUUAGUGCAUUCACAUUUAAAUGAAAUCAAAACAAACCUGCCCUCAAAACUUAGAUUUCAACCCACAGAGUGACUUUUUAAUUAGUCCAGCUCUCCCUUUGAUCAAAUAUUGUAAAUACGUGGAACCUUUUUUUCAUGACCCAUACCACAGCAAAUCAAAGCACAGAGCACAGGUUUAUGAUUAGGUGCUGUGGUCUCAGGCACUCACCAACCUUCAAAAGGGGGAAUAGGUUAUUUUUACUCUCUUUAGUAUUUCUAAGUGAAUCUUGUGAUAUUCUUUGUCUACUAAAGAAAGAAAGGGAAAAAAAAACUCUCCUUACUUCGUGGCAGCCGUGCUAAGCUCUCUGCAACAGAAAGAACGAUAGUUUAAUUUUGUGAGCAGGUCCUAAAGCUUAAUCCUUGCAUUUUGGUAUAAAGAAUGAACAUGGCAUUGAUAUUUCACUCAUCCAAGCUGCUAGAAUUUGCAAUUCACAUCAUUACUGUGCUUAAAUUAAAAAAAAAAAAGCUUUUUCAAAACAUCAUGACAUCUGCAGCAUUUAAAUUCCAUUUCAUUUUUUUGUCCCAAAGCAGGCAAUGUUACGGUUCAAGAUUAAUAACUCAUUGAGAGUCUUGCAGGGCCAUAUCAAUUGAAUAGAAUAUUAAAUUUAAUAUAGUCACAUGCAUUAAGAAAAGCUUAUGCAAACCACUUUUAUAGUUAAUUUUGUUAUGCUUGAAGCAUAAUUUAUUCAUCCCUUCUGUCACUGAUAAUUAUUGGAAUUAUGUACUUUAGGAGGGCUAAUCCAUACCCAAAAAGCACACAUAUAAAUACUGUUCUGAAUUUGCAAGUUAAUGUGGGAGAAAGAGGCUUCAGAAAUGCACAAAAUCCUAUGCUUUGUUUAGUAAGAAAACAAUUAUAACAGAAAUUCCCAUUGGUUUCUAUAUAAUUGAGUCGGGUUGCAAAUCUUUUCAUUACUAAUGGAUUAUCCAAGAGUCUCUCACACACAUAUAUAUGUAUACAUUAUAUAAUGUCCACAUGAUAUACAGUAUACAAUGUCUACAUUGUAUAUAUAGUAUAUCUACAUGAUAUACAGUAUACAAUGUCUAUAUAUAUAUAUACUAUAUAUACAAUGUAGACAUUGUAUACUGUAUAUCAUGUAGACAUUAUAUACUCUAUAUUUAAUGUAGACAUUGUAUAAUGUAUAUAUACAGUAUAUAUAAUGUAUACAUAUAUAUCAUUACACUAUAGUUCUGCUGAUAUCCCUUAAAUUUAUUAACCCAGCAAUGGAGGAGAAAGGGGAAAACACAGGCAGUGUGUAUCACCAAGGGGCCUUUGAGAAAUAUAUAGGUAAUCUGUCAUUUUUCAAAGAAAGGAAAUUUUAAGCAUUACCUUAACAUUACCAAUAUGUGAAACCUAAAAUUUUUUAUUCCAUGUAAUCAAGGUACUUCCCAAAGUUAUUUGCUUUCUGGAAAGAAAAUAGAAUUAAAACUUGAGGCUUUAUUUCAGCCCAUCCUACCACAAGAUCUCCAAUGAGAAGUUUUGUGUAAUCAGAGUCCAAGUACUCAAAGUUACUAAAAGCAACAAAGACAAAAGCCACCUUAAUUAAAUGGAAUCAAAAUGAGUUUAUGAUCUUUCCAUUCUACUAGUAAAUUAAGAAAGUUUAUUACCAUUAAAGUGUUACCUCUUACUGUUAACUGGUUUAUGCAUAUAUAUCAGAAUUGGUUUAUUAAAUAUUUGGUUGUAUUUUU